AAAGUAUUCGUUGAAGUCAAAAUGAAGGUAUUACUGUACGUUUUGGUGAUCGUCGCACACGUUGGUUGCUUUGUCUCCGCUGCAUCCUUAAGUGGAACGUUACCGUUCAUUGUUGGUGGUGACUUUGAAUUCCCUAAUAAUUAUGAUGAUUUUAUUGCUUUUAUUGAGAGUAUUCUGACGCAAUGCGAUAAGAGUGUUAAAAAUGAAGAUGAAUCUGAAACUACUACAGAAAUUGAGAAGAUCGGUCCAUCUGAACCAACAACAGUGAUCGUAGAUAGAAUGGUCCAUAAACUAAUGAAACACGCAAAUAAGGAACAUCACAAAUCUAAACAACAUUCUGCGCACAAGAAUACGAAACAUCACGGAAAAUCCAAGAAUCACGAGAAGAACAAUAAGCAUCACGAAAAAUCCAAGAAUCACGAAAGAAACAAUAAUAAAGAUGAGAAGCAUCAUUGAUUGUUUGAAAUAGUUUAUUGAUAAUUAGAGGAAAUUGUUUGAAGUAGAUUUAGUGGAAUAAAUAUGCAUGAUAUCAAAAUAA